AUGACCACUAUCCAGAAAAUCAAGGCCAAGACCCAAAAAAAUAAGGCCACGAGCUACCACAUCGGUCAGCUCAAGGCAAAGCUCGCAAAGCUCAGGCGCGAGCUUAUUGCCCCACCUUCCUCGGGUGGAGGCGGUGGUGGUGGUGUUGGCUUCGAUGUAGCAAGAACCGGAAUAGCGUCGGUCGGCUUUGUGGGCUUUCCCUCAGUAGGAAAGUCCACGCUUAUGUCAAAGCUCACCGGCACCCAUUCCGAAGCUUCAGAAAUCGACUUUACAACCCUCACAACCGUGCCCGGUACCGUCAAAGUCCACGGCGCGCCUAUCCAGAUUCUCGAUCUUCCCGGUAUUAUCGAGGGUGCCGCAGACGGUAAAGGUAGAGGUCGGCAAGUGGCGCGAACGUGUAAUCUCAUUUUCAUCGUGCUCGAUGUGCUAAAACCUCUUGGCGAUAAAAAGAUCAUCGAAGCUGAACUGGAAGGAUUUGGCAUCCGGUUGAACAAAAAGCCUCCAGCGAUCACAGUUCGCAAGAAAGAGAAGGGUGGUAUCGCCAUCACCAACACCGUGCCUCUCACCAAUAUGGAUCAGGAUGAGAUCAAGGCCAUCCUCAGCGAGUACAGGCUUAACAAUGUCGAUGUUGCUAUCAGGGAGCCAAACGCAACAGCAGACGAUUUGGUGGAUGUAAUUGAAGGAAACAGCUACAAAAUUCCCAUGUCUGUUCCUAUCUCGUCCAAAGAAUGGCUCAACGUCGACGAGCUCAUCUCAAUGAUGUGGGAAACCCUGAACCUCGUUCGUGUUUAUACCAAACCACGCGGUUUGGCUCCAGAUUACAACUCCCCUGUUGUUCUCCGUCGGGGAAAAUGCACCGUAGAAGAUUUCUGUAAUUCCAUCCACAAGGAGAUCGCAAAACAAAUGAAAUAUGCUAUCGUUUGGGGCGCUAGCGCAAAACAUUCGCGCGGACAGAAAGUUGGUUUGGAUCACGUUCUAGAAGAUGAAGAUGUUGUCCAUAUCUCUAAGAAGUAA